AUGCUCCGCCGGCCCCCGACGACGCUCCACAUCACCGCCGAGGACAUCGCCGCGUACGAGGACCGCCGCGCAACCGAAGCCCUGGCGCUGCAGCACCGCCAGGCCCAGCUGAAGAUGCAGGGGGUGCAGCAGAGCCCCGGGCGGGCCGGGCGGCGGACCAGAGACGAGCGGCUGGGCGCUGAAAUGGACGGGUGGCCAAACAUGGACGCGGCGCCGCACGCUGGAUGCGAUGCUGUGCUGUGA